AUGAUCUCUCUGGCUUUUGCUCUUUUGUUGACUGUGGCCUCGUCGUCUGGCCAUUCCCUCUCUGCGCGUCGCCACCAUGCUCGUAUUGCCGCCCGUGCAACACCCCCCGAGGGCUGGGCCACCAAUUAUCUCGAAGCCUACGACGACUACCACACUAGGUACCUUGAUAUUGGUUGUGAAGGCAAGCACAAUACCACGUUCUUCGACUUCUGUUGCCAUCCUCUGCUCGCCACCGAAACGCUCGCCAAAAAUAGACCGGCAUGCUGUGCCCCCGGCGCGACUGCGCAGUGCCCAUCUCAGACUUCUGGUGACUCUUCCAAUGACAAUGGGGAUGAUGAUCUGGAGGACUGCGAAGAUGACCAAGACAGCCACAACAAUCAAGGUCAAGAUGACGACGGCGAGUGCGAAGACGAAGACGAUACUCCAGCCACGACUCCGCCUCACACACAGGCCACUUCCAAACCCAUCUCCAACCCGCCACACAGUCAGCCCCCACAGGCCACGUCCAAACCCCCUUCCAACCCGCCACCAAAGCCUACAACUAGCACACCUGUGAAACAGACAACAACGACUCCGGCUGAGUCUUCCACUAAGACCUCGACUUCGUCGUCCAACAACAACUUCAUCACGGGUGGCUUUGGCACCUGGUUCACUCAAGGAGGGGUUGCAGGCGCUUGCGGCACAGUUCACCAAGACACUGAUUUGGUCGUGGCCCUUCCGACCAAAGCAUACGCAAAUGGAGCUAACUGUGGACGUAAAGUUCACAUCGUCGACUCUUCCUCGGGUGCUUCUGCCGAAGCCAUUGUAGCAGACGAAUGCCCUACUUGGCAAGCACAAUUUUUUUUCGCCUCAAGACGAACACUACUAAUGCUGAACUACUAUAGCACCAACGACAACUGUCUUGACAUGAGUGUCUCCCUCUUCCAGAAAUUCGUUGACCUCUCGGUUGGCGAAUUCUCCAUCAAGUAUCAGUUCUUGGACUGA